GGGGAGCAGCACAAGAUGCCACACAAGAGCUCAAUGGAGGGAAGGAGGAGUGAGGAGGUGAACAGAAGAUCUGCAGCCCCUUGUUGCAGCAGCAGCGAAGGCGAGGAGCUGUUAAACUACGGUCCCAUGAGCCCGACAUUCAAGAAACUCCUCAUUCAGUUUUACCCCGAUGAAGUGAACAGCAGAGUCUCAACAGACGGUAAAUGCACGAUAAUAGAGAGAACCGAGUCUCUGAGGAAAAGCACCAGCAACAUAAAGAAGACGCUGCCACCUGUUGCUGUUUCCAAGAUUGACAAGAAACUGGAGCAGUACACACAUGCUCUUGAGGUCUCCUCAAAGGAAGGCAGAUCAGCCAGUCAGCUGCUGCCGGACCUGAUGAGUCCCACUGAAGCCGUCUCCUCCAAGAAGAGCCUGUUUGAGGCCGGAGAAGCCUGGAACCAAAACACAAUCUCAGUCACACCAUCUAAGGAUGCAGAUGGUUUAAAAGUCGGUGUGGCUGAUCUCAUCAAUCAGUGGGUGAAAGGAAGUGAAGAUGGUAGCAGGUGCAGCUCGCCCUCCAGACCAGCAGACAUGAAACCUUUUGGUGUUUCAAACAAGAAGAAUUUAUGGGAGAACCUCGGUGACACAUUAUCUUCUGGAAGGGAAGGGAAGGAGAGCUCCACUGCUAAAAGAUAUAAGUUUGUGGUGACGGGUCACGGCAAGUAUGAGAAGGUCUAUGUGGACAACGACUGCAGUGAAGACACCAACUGCCAGUCAGCUGGACAGUUCUAUGACGAUUUGUGAAACACAUGCUGGACUUUGAAGAAUUCUGGAUUAUGAAAAAAAAUAUUUUGUAUCACUUCACCAUUCUCUGUAUUUCAAGCUUAAGGUUGGAAAUGUACUUAAAUCCUGUUGUAAUGACACAUUUAUUGUGCCGCUUAUGAUUUUACAAAAAGGUAGUGAAGCAAAUUGUGAGUCUUUUGUUUAUACUUCGCAGUUAUUCAUUUUAUCCUGUGAAUAAUAAUGUCUGCCGUAGUACAUCUUUUAAUUAGGGCUGUCAAUCGAUUAAAAAAAAUGAACUAAUUAAUUGCACAAUUUGCUGUAAUUAA